CAAUCACAACCCACAUAUCAAAAUCCCCCAAUUUCAUAACUUUAUCAAGAUUUCUUCCAAUUUCAAAACCCUUUCAAGAAUUUACCCAAAUUGUUCUUAUUUCUGAUAAAAGAAUUCGACGCAAAUGGGAUUAGAUUCGUUGAAACCCUCGCCGGUGCCGAUCGCCGACGAACUCCCACCGAAUCAAUCCACUUCGCUUCUCUCUUCCGCCACCACGACCGCCGCCGCCGCCACAAAACCCUCCGCCACCACCGUACUCAUCUUCUCCCUCCUCCUCACCACCUGCAUCGCGCUCUCAGCCGCGUUCGCCUUCGCCUUCCUCUUCUUCUCCUCCGCCGCCGUGAAACCCUCUAACCUCCACCACUCCUCCACCGCUCUUCAAAUCGCACGGCCACUCGCGAAACUCACUCAUCCCGUCGUGAUCUUGAUUUCAUCAGAUGGGUUCCGAUUUGGGUACCAAUUCAAAACCCCAACACCCAACAUUCAUCGACUGAUCAACAAUGGAACCGAAGCUGAAACCGGAUUGAUCUCCGUUUUUCCGACGUUGACUUUCCCAAAUCAUUACUCCAUUGUCACCGGACUAUACCCAGCUUACCAUGGAAUCAUAAACAACAAAUUCGUUGAUCCAAUUACUGGCGACGCUUUCACCAUGAGCAGCCAUGAACCCAAAUGGUGGUUAGGCGAACCCAUUUGGGAAACCAUCGCGAACCACGGUCUCAAAGCGGCUACAUAUUUCUGGCCUGGGUCCGAAGUCAAAAAGGGUUCUUGGGAUUGCCCUGAACACUUCUGUGCACAUUAUAACGAAUCGGUUCCGUUUGAAGAACGUGUCGAUACCGUCUUGAAUUACUUCGAUUUGCCAAAUGACGAAAUCCCGGUUUUCAUGACAUUAUACUUUGAAGACCCAGAUCAUCAAGGUCAUAUAGUUGGCCCUGAUGAUCCUCAAAUCACUGAAGCUGUUGGAAACAUUGAUGGGUUGAUUGGAAGAUUGAUCAAAGGUUUGGAAAACCGCGGGGUUUUCGAAGAUGUUACGAUAAUUAUGGUGGGUGAUCACGGAAUGGUUGGUACUUGUGAUCAAAAACUGAUCAUUUUAGAUGAUUUAGCUUCUUGGAUCAAGAUUCCGGCGGAAUGGGUCCAAUCCCUUACUCCGGUUCUUUCGAUUCGUCCGCCUUCGGAUCAAUCGGUUUCCGAAAUCGUGGCGAAGAUGAACGAAGGUUUGAGGUCGGGGAAGGUCAAGAAUGGCGAUAAAUUGAAAGUUUACCGUAAAGAAGAUCUUCCCGAAAGACUACAUUAUUCGGGAAGCGAUAGGAUCCCUCCGAUCAUCGGGUUACUCGAAGAAGGGUUUAAGAUCGAGCAGACGGUGUCGAACAAAGCCGAAUGCGGCGGAGCCCACGGGUACGAUAACGCGUUUUUCUCGAUGAGAACGAUAUUUAUCGGCCAUGGACCUCAGUUCGCUAGAGGUAGAAAGGUACCAUCGUUUGAGAAUGUUCAAAUCUACAACUUGAUUACAUCAAUUCUUGACAUAAAUGGAGCUACCAACAAUGGUUCGUCAUCGUUUGCAAAAACUAUGCUUUUGCCUCAUCAUCAUUGACUUCAUUUUCAUGUUGGAGUUUAUGCAUUUUCUUGAUCUAGAGGCAAUGGUGUUUGGUUCUUCUUAGUUGAGGUUAAUAAACCCUAAACCCUAAACCUUAAACCCUAAAGUGAUCCCUUAAUUUGUGUUGGAAGCAUGAAUGAACGAGACUUUUUAUGUAAGUUAGUAUGAUUAUUUGAGUUUGUUUAAAUUGUCUAUUUUAUCCGUUAAAA